GCAUGUUAGUUCGGAAGGCUCAGGAAAAGAAGCGCGCAAGGCCAACCUUCUCUGCGUGUAGAGAGAGAGAGAGAGAGAAAGCUCUCUCUCUCAUGGCCAUUUUAGGUCACCUCAAACCUAGCAUUCUGCCGUCUCUCAGUAAUGGCGCUUCUGCAUUUCCAGGAUGUAAGCAUUUUGUUAGUUAUGGUUUGAAUUCAUUCAUUCAAGUCUCCCCAAGAACUUUUCUAUAUGGAAAGAAUGAUGUGAGGACAUCACAGGAAGUGUUAUCUGCCACAACAAAUAAAUCAGCAUCGACAGAUGUUGUGAAAGAAAAAGACCUGGACAAAACGUCUGAGGAGCUCUACAUGAGUGGAAAUGCCAUUAGGCAACGAUUUCUUGAAUUCUAUGCCUCUCGUGGUCAUAAGGUUCUUCCAAGUGCAUCCCUUGUGCCAGACGAUCCUACAGUCCUCCUAACAAUUGCUGGAAUGCUUCAAUUCAAGCCCAUAUUUCUUGGACGAGCAUCUAGGCAAGUUGCUCGUGCUACAACAGCACAAAGGUGCAUACGCACAAAUGAUGUGGAAAAUGUUGGCCGAACAUCACGGCAUCACACCUUUUUUGAGAUGCUUGGCAACUUCAGCUUUGGGGAUUAUUUCAAGAGGGAGGCAAUUCAUUGGGCUUGGGAACUCUCUGUAAAGGAGUUCAUGUUGCCUGCGGAGAGAUUAUGGAUUAGUGUCUUCAAGGAAGAUGACGAGGCCUUUAAUAUAUGGCAUGAUGAGGUUGGUGUUCCCAAGGAACGGAUAAAAAGGAUGGGAGAAGACGAUAAUUUCUGGACGAGUGGUCCUACUGGUCCGUGUGGCCCAUGUUCUGAGAUCUACUAUGAUUUCUAUCCGGAGAGAGGAUAUGCAAAUGCAGAUUUGGGAGAUGAUAGCAGGUUCAUAGAGUUCUAUAAUCUUGUCUUCAUGGAGUUUAACAAGACCGAGGCUGGAACCCUUGAACCCUUGCUACAAAAGAACAUAGAUACUGGCUUGGGUUUAGAAAGAAUGGCUCGGAUUCUUCAAAAGGUGCCAAACAACUACGAGACUGACUUGAUCUAUCCAAUCAUAGAGAGGGCCUCAGAGUUGGCAAAUAUCUCAUAUAUGGAGUCUGAUGAUCGUACCAAGAGCCAUCUUAAAGUUAUCGGAGACCAUAUGCGUGCAGUGGUUUUCCUCAUCUCAGAUGGAGUUCUUCCUUCAAAUAUUGGUAGAGGUUAUGUAGUUAGAAGGCUCAUCAGAAGAGCUGUUCGAACCGGUAGAUUACUUGGUAUUAGAGGUGAUGGGAAGGGAAACAUGGAAGGUGCUUUUCUGCCUGUAAUUGCAGAGAUUGCCAUUCAAUUAGCCACUGAUAUAGAUCCUUAUGUAUCGGAAAGAUCGACUUGUAUUCUUGAGGAAAUCGUAAGGGAAGAACAACGUUUUGUGCAGACGCUGGAGAGAGGAGAAAAGCUUCUAGAUCAGCUGCUAAGAAUUGCUUUAAGCAGUGCCAAUGAGAACGGAAACCGCAGGGCUUGUUUAUCAGGAAAGGAUUUAUUUCUCUUAUAUGAUACAUAUGGUUUUCCUGUAGAAAUAACUGCUGAGGCUGCUGAAGAAUGUGGAGUGAGUAUUGAUAUGGAAGGUUUUGAACUUGAAAUGGAAAACCAGAGGCGUCAGUCUCAGGCUGCUCACAACGUUGUUAAACUUUCUGUUGGAAAUAUUGUAGCAGAUGACAGCAAAGGCAUCCAACAUACUGAAUUUUUAGGGUAUGAAACACUGCAUGCCUUGGCAACUGUUGAAGGCCUUAUGCUUAAUGGUAAUCCAGUAGUAGAGGUUUCUGAAGGAAAUGAAGUGGACAUCCUCCUUGACAGGACGCCAUUUUAUGCUGAAUCAGGUGGUCAAGUAGCGGACCAUGGCUUUCUGUAUGUACCAGUCAGCGAGGACGACAGAGGAAAAGGUACUGUGGAGAUCAAAGAUGUUCAAAAGUCUCCCGGGAAUGUCUUUAUCCAUAAAGGUGUUAUUAAGGAUGGAACUGUGAAAGUUGGUAGUAAAGUGGAUGCGACAGUUGAUUCAUCUUUGAGACAGCGGGCCAAGGUUCACCAUACAGCUACACAUUUGCUACAAGCUGCUUUGAAGAACGUUAUAGGACCAGAUACAUCACAAGCAGGAUCGUUAGUUGAUUUUGAUCGACUUCGGUUUGACUUCAACUUCCACCGGCCACUCUCUGAUCAUGAGAUCAUGGAAGUUGAAGUACUUGUCAAUAGAUGGAUUGGGGAUGCGGCACAUCUCCAGACAAAAGUGAUGGCUCUUCAAGAUGCAAAAAAUGCUGGCGCUAUUGCAAUGUUUGGAGAGAAAUAUGAGGAUCAGGUACGAGUUGUGGCGGUUCCUGGUAUUUCGAUGGAACUAUGUGGUGGCACUCAUGUUAGCAAUACUUCUGAGAUACGUGGUUUCAAAGUAAUAGCAGAACAAGGAAUCGCAUCUGGAAUCAGGCGAAUUGAAGCAGUUGCUGGUGAAGCUUUUAUUGAUUAUGUCAAUGUCAGGGAUAAUCUUAUGAGGAAUCUUUGCACCAUUCUCAAGGUUAAAGCCGAAGAUGUACCAAAAAGGGUGCAAAGCCUCAUGGAAGAGCUGAGAGCAGCAAGAGGAGAAGUUUCAACACUUCAUGCACAGAUUGCAACAUACAAGGCUUCUGCAAUUGCAAGUAGAGUGUCCUCCAUAGGAAGUUCAAAAAUCAGACUUCUCGUCGAAUAUGUGGAUGAUCUCGAUAAUGAUUCCCUAAAAACUGCUGCGGAGUAUCUCAUUAAUACAUUGAGGGACCCAGCUGCAAUUGUAUUGGGAUCAUUUGCAGGGGAAGGGAAGGUGAGCUUGGUUGCAGCUUUCAGUCCUCAAGUAGUGAGUCGCGGGAUUGAAGCGGGUAAGUUUAUUGGAAACAUUGCAAAAAUGUGUGGUGGAGGAGGAGGGGGCUCACCUUCUUUUGCACAGGCUGGAGGAAGGAAGCCCGAGAACUUAAAAGAAGCUUUGGAGAAAGCAAGAACUGAACUUAUUGAAGCUUUAUCUACAAACGCAAGCUGAAAAGCAAAAUCUGAACUUAGUGAAGCUAUCAAAAUGUACUUGAAGUUCAUCAAAAUCUAUCUGUUCCAUCGAUAAAUUAUUGAGCCUUUAGGGAGCGUUGUGGCAUGUGCCAAAGCUCCUAGAAAACAAGAUGGUUGGCAUUAAUUAGUGCAGAAACACAUGUAUUUAUGUAACUAAGGUUUCUGCGGACUUGUAUAUAAAAAUGACUAUUGUCGCUUUCAACAGGAGAUUAUUUGGGGGAUCACCACGUCAA